AUGGCCACGCAGACGCUCGAGACCAACGGUGUCCGAAUUGCCGUCGAGGGCUGCGGCCACGGCACCCUCAAUGCAAUCUACGCCGCCGUCGCGGCCUCUUGCGAGGCCCGCGGCUGGGAGGGCGUCGAUCUCCUCAUCAUCGGCGGCGACUUCCAGGCCGCCCGCAACGCCGCCGACCUCAGCGUCAUGUCCGUCCCCGCAAAGUACCGCGAGCUGGGCGACUUCUGGGAGUACUAUGCCGGACGACGCACGGCGCCCUACCUGACCAUCUUCACGGGCGGGAACCACGAGGCGGCGAGCCACAUGUGGGAGCUCUUUUACGGCGGCUGGGCCGCGCCCAACAUCUACUACCUGGGCGCCGCCAACGUGCUGCGCCUGGGCCCGCUGCGGAUCGCCGGCAUGAGCGGCAUCUGGAAGGGCUUCGACUACCGCAAGGCGCACCACGAGCGGCUGCCGAUGGGGCCGGACGAGAUCAAGAGCUUCUACCACGUCAGAGAGGUGGACGUGAGGAAGCUCCUCUUGGUGAGAGAGCAGGUCGACGUGGGAAUCAGCCACGACUGGCCCAGGGCGAUUGAGAGGUGGGGCGACGAGAAGGCACUGUGGAGGAUGAAGCCCGACUUCGAGAGGGAGUCAAAGGACGGCACGCUGGGAAACGUCGCGGCGGAAUAUGUGUGCGACCGCUUGAGGCCGCCCUACUGGUUCUCGGCGCAUCUGCACUGCAAGUUUGCCGCGUUGAAAAUUUACAAGGACAAGGAGCCAAACGCGACCGAGACCGCUCCGGCUGCGGUCGAGGAGGCGACACCCGCCCCGGCACACGGGCCGGUGAUUGCGCCCGAUAACCCGGACGAAAUCGAUAUCGACGGCGACGAGGAGAUCACAGAUGCUCCUGCUCCGGCACAGGCGAACCCGAACGAGAUCAGCCUCGACGACGACGACGACGAGGAGCAGCCCGGCAGCACCCCCAAGGAGGCGACGAGCAAGGAAAAGUCUACGGCCAAAACCUCUGUUCCCGACGAGCUCCGAGCCCAACUUCCCGCCUCCUUCAUGCGUCCCCCGCCGCAGCCCAAGAGAACGCCGGGCCAGCCCGUUCCCCCGACAAUCACGAACAAACAGGUCAACUUCCUCGCCCUCGACAAGUGCCUGCCCAGACGCCACUUCCUCCAGCUCCUCGAGGCGCGGCCGCACAACGUGCCGCCCGCGGACCAGCCCGCGCCCGCGCGCCCGUUCCGCCUGCAGUACGACCCGGAGUGGCUCGCCAUCACGCGCGUGUUCCACGCGUCGCUCUCGAUCGGCGACCCGUCGGCGCAGCCGAGCCCGGACCUGGGCGAGGAGCACUACGCGCCGCUCAUCGACGCGGAGCGCCGGUGGGUCGAGGAGAACGUCGUCGCCGCCAAGGACGGCGGGCUGGACGUGCCGCUCAACUUCGCCGUGACGGCGCCGCCGCACGUCGAGGGCGCGCCCGAGUCGGUGGCGCACCAGCCGUUCGAGUACACGAACCCGCAGACGUCGGCGUUCUGCGAGCUGCUGGGGUUGAGGAACCUGUGGGACGCCAGCGACGAGGAGAGGAUGGAGAGGAGGGCGAGGGGGCCGCCUGCUGGCGAGUUCAGGGGGCACCGGGGCGGCGGCGGCGGCGGCGGCGGUAGGGGGUUCCAUCGGGGGGGAGGACGGGGUGGUCGGGGACGUGGCAGAGGAGGGGGCAGAGGCCGGGGCAGAGGUUGGCACUGA